AUGCCCGUGACGCAGAGCCACCUGCGCUCGGAGGCCGCCACCGGGGGGCGCUGCCUCUGCCCGCCGCUCGCCCCGGGUUUGCCCGCUGCGGGCGCUGCGUGGCCCCCAGUCCCGCCCGGAGCGCAGGAUGCGGUGCCUCAGCGCCCAGAGCCCGGUGUCUGCAGACGGAGCCCCCGGCCGAGAGCGUGGCGGCCUCAGAUUUACAGGAAAUGCACCGACCCCGCCUGGCUUCUCCUGUUCUUCCUCUUCUGGACCGGUUUGGUGAGCAGGCCGCCGGGGGGUGGGGGGCGACCGGGGUAUGGUCCCCACAGAGCUGAGCCCCAACUGUACUUUGGGUCCAAUGCUGCUCCUCUCACCACCCUGAUGGCUCCGUCUCUCCCCUGCUCACCCCCAGCCCGGCCUGCUGCCCGCACACACACACACACACACACACACACACAUACCCCCGUCUCCCACAGACACGCGUCCGCUCCGAGUCUGGGAGGCCCAGGGAGGUGUGGCCCCAGGCGCUGGGUGCCGGUGGGGCGGGGGGCCCCGGGACAGGUGCUGAGCCCGUGCCUGGCCUCCCAGUUGUCAGUGGCGUCCUGUGACCUCAGCGUGGCGCUGGACACGGAAAGGGACAACGUGACCUGCCUGCUGGGCUUGGCCGUGGUGGCCACGGUCCUCACGGCCGCCCUGCUGGUGCUGAUCUUCACCCUGGGGAGGAGGGUGACGCUGGCGGUGGAGCUCCUGCGGGUCACCAACAAGGCCAUCGGCCGCUGCCCCGCUCUGCUGCUCCAGCCGCUGUGGACGGGCGCCCUCCUCCUCCUCUUCUGGGUGCUCCGGGUGGCUGUGCUGCUGAGCCUGGGCACCGCAGGAGCGGCCCCAGUCACCGAAGGUGGGCGGGUGGAGUACCAGCCUCUCUGGGGCCUUCGCUACAUGUGGGGGUACCACCUCCUGGGCCUCGUCUGGACCAGCGACUUCAUCCUCGCCUGCCAGCACAUGGCGGUGGCGGGUGCCGUGGCCACCUGCUAUUUCCACAGGAACGCACGGGACCCGCCCGCGCCCCUCCUGUCGCCUCUCUCCACCCUCCUCUGCUACCCGGGCACAGAGGCCAAAGGGUCGCCUUUGCUCACCUUGAGCACCGCAGGGCGGGCUCCACACGCCGCCCUCACCUUCAUCUCCAGCGCCCUCAGGGCAAGCCCGGUCCGUGGAGCCCGGUCCCGUGGAGCCCGGUCCGUGGAGCCCGAUCCCGUGGAGCCCGGUCCCGUGGAGCCCGGUCCCGUGGAGCCCGGUCCCGUGGAGUCUGGUCCCGUGGAGCCCGGUCCCGUGGAGCCCGGUCCCGUGGAGUCUGGUCCCGUGGAGCCCGGUCCCGUGGAGCCCGGUCCCGUGGAGCCCGGUCCCGUGGAGCCCGGUCCCGUGGAGUCCGGUCCCGAGGAGUAUGAUCCCGUGGAGCCCGGUCCCGUGGAGUCUGGUCCCGUGGAGCCCGGUCCCGUGGAGUCCGGUCCCGAGGAGUAUGAUCCCGUGGAGCCCGGUCCCGUGGAGCCCGGUCCCGUGGAGUCCGGUCCCGUGGAGUCUGAUCCCGUGGAGCCCGGUCCCGUGGAGUCUGAUCCCGUGGAGUCCGGUCCCGUGGAGCCCGGUCCCGUGGAGUCUGAUCCUGUGGAGCCCGGUCCCGUGGAGUCUGACAGUGGUGCUGAUGCAGGAAGCCUCGUUACCAACAAAAAGGGUCACUGCCAGCGACCAAUGCAAACAGGGUGCGUGGCCCAUCAGAAACCGGAAGUGCUCUCCCUGGAGACCAAGGAGAGACCGCCUCUGUCCUUCCAGAGCACGUUCGCCGCCCCGGCCAUCAACGGGACCGCACUCUGCACGUCCGCGGAGGACGCACACCGGCUCCUGUCCCGGGACUCCAGUCGGUUCACUUCGGCCGGCCGCUUCGGGGACUUUGUUGUCUUCCUGGGCAAGGUGCUGGUGGCGUGUCUGACCGUGUUCGCGGGGCUGAUGGCCUUCAACUACCACCGCGCCCUGCAGGCGUGGGCCGUGCCGCUGCUCCUGGCCGCCGCCCUCGCCCCCCUGGUGGCGCACAGCGUCCUGUCCGUGCUCCAGGCCGCGCAGGGCGCCCUGCUCCUGUGCCUGGCCGCUGACCUGCACACGAACGACGGCUCGCCCGCCAGGCCCUGCUUCAUGGCCCGGCCGCUCCAUCGGCACGCUCGGGGCUGGGGACGGCGGCCUGUGUCUCCUCUGUCCCCCUCUCUGGGCUCCUCCCACCCGGCCUGCCUGUGGAGACCCCCCCGAGGAGCGAGGCCGCACACGGACACUGACCGUGGCCCUGGCUGCGAGGGGGAGCCCCGUGGGUGCGAACGGCUCUCCCGCGUCCCGGGGUUCAGCAGUUGAUCUUUUCCCAAAGCAUUUUGCACCCCGAGCCCUGCCCCCCGCCCCCGUCAGUUAGGGGCCAUCACUGCAGGGAAGGCCCCCCUGGCCGGGUGGGGGCAGGACUGCCAUCGCGGGCCCUUUGCUGACCGGGCGCGGCCGCCGCCGCCUGAAAUAGCCGGCAGCUGCCGGUCCGCAGCAGCUGCCCCGCCCUCCACCCGCAGCCGGGCCCGGCCUCGGAGCAGCUGGGCCUCUCAUCCCGCCCGCUGUGGGGCGAGUGGCGUCCGCACAGUCCUCUUCCGUCUGCUGGCCCCGGGCAGCGUGUCCCGCCUCCUGCACACAAACGCCGGCCUCCGUCACGUGUCCUCAGUCACAUGUUCU